CGCCAUCCGCAUUUCCAAAUCGUCCGACCACCACUGCUCCAACCCGUGCGCUUCCAGAAACUUCUGUUUCCCCCUCGACAGCACAAACAUCUUAGCCCCACCACCACCACCACCCGGCCCACCCACCACCGGCCUCACAUUCUCCUUCUCCUCCUCCUCCUCCUUCCCCAUCUCCACCGGGUCACUAUAAUAGCAGCAGAUAUAAUCACUAUUUGCGGGACCCACUUUACUCUCCCCACACCAUCACCACCACACAUCUUAACAACCUCCUCCUCGUCAUUUUCCCUCUCAUCAUUCCUUCUCGGGAUCAUCGACCGAACCUUCCUCCACACAUUCCCAGCCUUCUCCCCCACUGCCCUCAGCCCCGAAGCUAGCGAAAUCGACGGAGGAUUAAACAACGCGAAACCGGCACCCAAAGAGUGCCCGGCCACACACACAUUGCUACUCCCAAACUUCUCGGAUAUUUGUCUGAGUGCUCUUAAUGCGCAUUCGAAUCUCACGGAACCCUUGAGGCUCUCACAGGUCAGGAACCGGAGGUCGUCCUCUAUGUCUCGUCUGAUCGUGGGGCCCUUCAGGAGAGUGCCACGGAGGGCUAGGAUGGCUCGUGGGGCCCCGGUUGGCCGAAGGAGCACGAAGUCGGCGAGGGCGGAUGCGCGGUCCCACUCGAGUACGGCGCCGAACACAGAGCCGUCUCGGUCGUCGGAUCUCGACGAGCUUGUAUUUGAAGGGGGUCCACCAGUUGGGGGCGAGGGCGUGCUCGUCGUUUGUUCGGUUUUCCUGACGGUCGAGCUCGAGGAGGUAGACGGCUUGGAUGAAGCAGGCGAUGACGGUCCUUUUGUAGUUUGGGUCCUUCCU